GGGGGUUGGCCCUGAAUGUGACUCAUCGUGGUUGCCCAGACUCAAACACACACACAUACACAUACUUUCAAAAGCCCCUCUCGCACACACAAAGGAAGCGCUCUUCUCAAACCUAGAAUCGGGGAGUUACUUUUCUCUGUCAUCUUUACAUUCUUUGCUUGUUCUGCCGUCAGUUAUAGAUCUUAGGAUUUUGGAUUUCUGUGGAAGUCCUUUUUCCUCAGAUUGAUGCCAUAUGAUCAUCCUUCCACGGUAAACCAUUCUGCAUGCCUGAAUCAGCUUGACCACCUGAAGAGCCUUCACACCCCAGCCUCAACCCUCCAUCAUCCUCUGUCCUCUACGCACCACAGUCUACCCUCCGUCCUCCUCCGUCCUCCACCCUCCAACCCUCCACCCGGAUCCAAGAUGGCGGCGGCGGCACUGGUCACGGAGAACUUCAAGUUCGUCUCGCUCUUCUUCAAGAGCAAGGACGUGAUGAUCUUCAACGGGCUGAUCGCGUUGGGCACCGUGGCCAGCCAGACAGCAUACAACGUGUUCGCCUUCAGCUGCCCCUGCUCCCCUGAGAGGAACCACCGCUACGGGCUGGCCGCCAUCGGAGUUCCCGCCCUGGUCUUCUUCCUCCUGGGGGUCAUGAUGAACCGCAGCACCUGGGACCUGCUCUCGGAAUGCCGCCUCAGGCGCUGCCGAAGGCUGGCCGCGGUGUCCGUGUUCGCCGUGAUGGGGAACAUCCUGGGCCGCGCGGCCAUCGCCCCGGUCACCUGGGUGCUGAUCUCGCUGCUGCAGGGGGAGGCGUACAUGUGCGCGCUCAGCGAGUUCGUCGACCCGGACACGCUGGAGGAGUUUCCGAAAGAGGGGCGCAACGUCAUCCAGCUGAUGGCCAAGUUCCCUUGCAGAGGAACAGUUCCCAGCGAGCUCCUGCCCUUCUGGGAGGAGAUCGAGCGACGACUGAAGUACGAGUCUCAGCUGCUGGGCUGGCUGAUUGUGGCGGCCAUGGCAGUGGUGGUCUUCCUGAUGCUGUGCGCCAAGCGCUGCUGCUCUCCCUUCGGCUCCCAGCAGGAGGAGUACUGGAGCCGCUUCCACGCCAGCGAGCAGGACCUUUUCAAACGCACGGCGGCCGUGCACGCCAACCUGGUUGCCGCCGAGAACGUCAAGAGCUUCUUCGGCUUCGUGGCGUUGGACGACGAGGAGAAGGCGCAGGUGGAGGAGCACGCCGGAGCCUCCACGCCCGUCCAGAGCGAGGACUGGAACCGCGUGGCGGGGGUCUACCUGUACCGGGAGAACGGCGGGGUGCCGCUGUACAGCCGCUUACACAAGUGGGCUCGGUACCAUGUGGAUAACAACACAGAGGGCAUGGAGAAGCUCAGCUGAUUUAGAUAAAAGCUCACACUCUAUGAUGCGAUCUGACACUUUGUAUGUCCCCCGAUAAGGAGGGGGAGCUGCGAUGGACUGGCGUGCGCACAACCUUCAUACGAGUAGGCUUAUAUUAAAUUUCCACAACCUGGAGUUGUGAUGUAACAAUACAAUGUAAUGUUUCUCAGGUGCGUUUUUUGUAAAAAUGAAAUCAAGGUUAAAAACGAUGCAACCUGUAAACCUCCAUGUUGUGCAUUUUUAUAAAAUCGAUCAGUUAAUUUGG